UAUGCUCUAUUGCCAGGCAAUGUGCCUAAUCCUGCUUAACAUUGCAUGCGUUUCUCGAAGCCACAUAAUUAUGAUAGGCGACACGGGUCCUGAUUUGGCUACCUUGUAUGAGCCAGCAAGCGAAAAAAGGGAGAUCGUAACUGGAGAUUCAUCCGAAGGGUCGCCUUGUGAUGCAGUCUCUGCCGCUCAAAAGUCCUGUGGUCUUAACCAAAAGAAUGCCAAGAGCAAGGCUUCCAGCAUUGCAAUGAAGGCCGCCCAGGACGCAAAGGCGGCCAAUGACGCUCAGGUGGCCGCCGGAGAGGCAGCCUCGCUCAAAGUGAAGCUGGAACUAGCCGAGAAGGCGGUCCAAGCAGCUCGAGCCGCCGAGGCAGCUCUAGCCGGCAAACAGCAGAUCAUGGAGCAACUGGAGCUGGAGCAAAAAGAGGCGGAGGCGGUGCUGGGUGAGGUUCGGAACUCAAUCCAAAGCACACAGGCGAACUCAGAGGCUGCCAUGAUGGCGCUUUCCGAAGCCAAGAUCCAGUUGGAUCAACUUAAACUCCUUGUGACUGAGGCUACCGCUCAAAUGGGAAACAUCGAGAUUUUCGCCAAUGGCGCCCAGAUGGAGCUGGACGAAAAGGGGCAUCUGUUGGAGGCUGCCAAUCGGAGAUUGGAGAGCAUCUACAGGCAGGUCAUCGCUGCCAGGCAGGAUUACGACAAGACCAAGAAAGCUGCCUACAAGGCGGCUUGUGCGGCAGUGGAGGCCAAGCAAAAGGCUCAAAGGAUGCAAAGGGAAAUCAGCGAGGCAGAGCUUGAAGCUAAAAGCGAUCUCUAUUAGGCACUUACAUUAUAAGAAUGAUACGAUUUUUAAAACUUCAGUACAUAAUAUUUGUAUUUUAUCAAUAAAAUAAUAUAUUUUGUCAGUAAUUUAGAAAAAAUACUUUGAGGAUGCACUGAAAAUAAUGAAAGUAUAAAUCCUUCUAA